AGACAGCUUCUACGCGGGGUCCUAGAAAGGUCCUUUGAAUGCAUGAGGCGCGCGAUAUGGGGAGCGUAUCUUACUGCAAAAGGACUUGGAAGUAGUUGUGAAUUAAAGACAGUGCCGUUGCAUUUUGGAUUUAAUUUUUCACCGACAUGUUUUCCGCGGAGCAAAACUGUUGGUUUGUACGCAAGGUGGUUUGCUGGAGAGCUGCUGCCAGCAUCGCUUGGGCUGUCCUGUUGCUGCCUCCGGUCACAGCCCUGUUCGUAGUUCUCAGCAGAGUCAGCCUCUUCCACCCCAUCGAGUGGAUCACAGAAUGCCUGUCUAUUUUGACGAGUGCCAGUACCAUGUUCUCCUUCGUUUUGUUAUGCGGAGUGGUGGUCGUGGUCGGCUUCUUCAACCUUGAGUACUACACGGUUACCCCGUCCAUUGCUUGCUCAAAAAUUGCUCUCCUGGCUCAGCUUCUCCACCCUCGGCAGUGUCUUCACGCCGUGGUCCACUGCAUCAUGGGGGUGAUAGUGGCCUGGUGUUGUGCCUUCACCAUUGGUCCCAGAUACCAGAAUCUUGCUGCCGUGUGCACUCUGGUUGAUGGUGAUCCUCAGCUGUGCCUGAAUGAAUACCACCUUGUCUUGAUCCUGUUCGGGGCCUUUGUUGGCUAUAGUCACAGUCUGUUUGGUGUCAUGCACAACAUGAACUAUGUGCCCUUUCAUGCAGUUCAGCAAUACAAAUAUCUUCGUUUCAAGGGAAAUCUCCCAUUGGUGGUGAAAUGCAGUGCCAUUCAAUCUCUCUAUUUCACCAGGAACUUCCUUGCGGUUUACUUCUUUUUGGGUUAUAUCCCUAGAUCGUGGCUCUGUGACACACUGAGCCUUCAGUCGAACAGCUCUCUGAACCCUCUGGACAGUAUAGCAGGGCUGCUGGACCUCGCCAUGCUGUACCACCUGUGGAUCAGUGGCACCUUCCUCCUCCUCACCUGGUACCUCACCGUACUGCUCUUCAGGGUGUUUGUCACUGAGGUGUACAACUUUCCCGUGCAAUCGGCUUUCACUGAGCAAGCCGAUCGGUGUCUUCCCAAAGUGCUCCCUGGUCAGCAGCCCAUGGUACUGAAGUUUCUAGCUCUGCAGGACUUGGCUCUGCUCUCUCAGCAUUCCCCCUCACGGCGGGCCCAGGUCUUCAGCCUCAGCCAGCCAGGUGGUCACCCGCACAACUGGAACGCCCUCAGCAGCGAGUGUCUGUCGCUCCUGGCCGACCUCACCCAGAGGCUGGUGGCCCACCACGAGACCGUGGCCAUCAACGGGCGGGCCAAGCUGCAUUCAGCCGGCAGCGACAAGAAGUCGGUGUCCAGUGAUAGCUCGGGCCUCUCGGCCACCCAGGACAUCAGCACCCCCAGGUCGGCCUUCCUGCGCUCCGCCGGGACCGCCGCCCCCAUGAGCCCCAACACCGGCCCCUUCACCUCAGACCUGGACAGCCCCUUCUCCUCCCGGGCCCUCCGCCGCCUGGCCCCCCACCUGGUGCCCAGCUCCCCCUGGAGCGAGACGGUGCAGAGCCCCCACCUGUUGAGGCGGGGCCCCCAACUCUGGUCGGCCUCCACAGAUACUGGGACCAGUGGCAGUCUGUCUCCAUCCCCUACCUCAGCGCCCUGCCCGCACCCGGCUGAGCCCAAACCCAGCCCCGUGACACAGUUCCUCCACAACCGAAAGGAACAGGUGAAACACUUCCUGGGGCGGCGUGUGCUGGUCAUGUAUUUGUUCAACAAGCUCCCAGAAGCCUCUAGUCAGGCCCUCUUUGCAGACAGCCAGUCACACAUCUGGGCCCUGGAAGGGCUGUCUCACCUUGUGGCAGCCUCCUUCACUGAAGACAAGUUUGGCGUGGUCCAGACUACGUUACCCAGCAUUCUCGGUAGCAUGCUAGUCCUACAAGAGGCGGUGGACCGCCACUUCAAGCUGCCCCACGCCUCCAGCAAGCCCCUCCGUUCGGCCUGUAGCAUGGGCGACUGCACCUCCAAGACGCUGCGCUUCGCUCUCAGGGCCACCCUCAAGACCGCCAUCUACAGGAUAACCACCACCUUCGGGCAUCACUUGAAUGCCAUCAAGAUGUCCGCCGAACACCGGAAAAGAUUGCAGCAGUUCCUGGAGUACAAGGAGUGAGACCCGGACGCGCACGGUGGCUUUUGGAUUAAGACUACAAAUGAGACUGACUUGGCUCUGUGUGUGUGCAGACACCCGUGUGGCUUGAGCUUUGUGACCCUACAACAGUACCUCUUUUUGAUAUUUCUGACUGCGCCUCGUCAUUUCAAUCCUAUCCGCUGUGGGUCGCCUCGUGUCUUAACAUGCAAUGGGGAGAAUGGAACCUCCUAGUGGACAGCAACGGUACUGCAAUGACACACUUCGAAGAUCAUCCUGAAAGGGCUUUAUUUAUACAACACCUGUGAACCAGCCUUGGUGUUUUUUGGUUUUUCUGGCUUGGAUUGGAGUUGCCACACUAUCAACAAUGAGAAGGUGUUCGCUUUGCCUUUGACUCUGGAGGAUUCGUCCUCAGUUGAAUCAUGUACAAUUUGUGCUUUCAUUUCCUUCUCCACACAUUCAUCCUCUUAAUUCGUUUGGAACAAAGGCGGGUUUGUUGUCGACAAAUAAAGUAGAAUCUUCUUGUUUUAGUUGUUCAAGCAAUGUCGAAAGACGCCACUCGUUCUGUGUAAUCUUC